UCGCCAGUGACGACGUGACGACCUCCCCAGGCUCGGAUUACACCAUGAAGCAGCGCAUCUCUUUUUCGUUGCAGUUCGUGCAGGUCGCGCUGGUGUGCGGCGUCCUGGCCGCGGCCACGGCGGACAAGAGGCCGUUCCAGAGGGGGCAGGGCUUCGCCCCGUUCGCCUUCCAGCGACAGACGGAGGGCACGGAGGACCUCUCACCGCCGGCUCCGGGGGCUCCGGGGCCCGCGGCGCCGGGAGGGGCGCCCGCGCCCGGAAACUACAACCCGGGCGGCGACGACGCGGGGGGACCGUACCCACCGUCCGGACAGCCGGAGAGCGGGCCGUACCCGCCGUCGGGGUGGAAGCCUCAAGGACAGCGGCUGGAACUGCCAGCACGCCAGCAGAAGCCUCCUCAGAACAGUUACGGCGCGCCCCCGAAGCAGCCCCAGCAGCAGUACGGCGCCCCCCCGAAGCAACCCCAGCAGCAGUACGGCGCGCCCCCGAAGCAGCCCCAGCAGCAGUACGGUGCGCCCCAGGCCCCCGCGGAGCCAGAGUCCCCGAGCGCGCCGGCCGCGGAGCCCGCGACGGAGUCCCCGGACGUGGUGGCCAGCAACCGCCUGAGGAACCAGCUGCGGCAGCAACGCGUCAUCCUGCAGCGCAUGCGCCAGGUGGUCCGCGACCAGCAGGCACAGCUGCAGCAGCAGCGGCAAGAGCAGCAGGCGCUUCUCGAGCAGCUCCAGCAGCUGCGGCAGCAGAACGGGGAGCAGGCCGCGCAGGGCCAGUACGUGGUGAACCUGCCGGACGGACGCGUGCAGCGGGUGCAGUACGCCAACACGCCCUCGUCCACCUCCGUCUUCAAGCAGAACGUGCAGCAGACGGAGGCUGCCCAGGCCGAGGCCGCCGCCGGGCGGAAUGCCCAGGGCUUCCCGUCCGACCCUCCGACCUACGUCGCGAGGCUGCAGUUCAUGGACGUGCCCCCCAUCGAAGCCCCCGUCUUCUCCUACUCUGGAUCCGCCCCUCUCGUUCAAGUCGCCUAAAGACGCACCUGUGGAGCGCCUUACUGAAUAGGACUGAAUAAACCGAGGCUUGUUAGCUA